CAGCAGCAGCAGCAGCAGCAGCAGCAGCAGCAGCAGCAGCAGCAGCAGCAGCAGCAGCAGCAGCAGUUUUGUUCUUGCAGAGUGCAAUGGCCUUCUAUCAUCAUCAUCGAUUAUAACGGGGAAGGUGAGGGAGGAAAGAUUGGGAAACAACGAUGA